GCCCACAGCUGGCCCGGGCCGCCGUGGUCGGCGCCGCGUUGCAUGUCCGGGCGGAGCAAAGAUGUGGUUCAUCUUUGAUGCCGUCGGCAUAGCGCUGGGCCUGCUCACCUGGUUGCUCCUCGGAUUCACGGACUGGGUCGUCUGCAAGCACACGCUGGCGACCCUCUUCGCGUCCACGGAGCCGCGGAUACCAUGGCUGCCGUACACAGACGCGGGGUGCAUCGUUUUUUUCUUGUACCAGGGUCUUAUAUCUCUCUCGUUUAUCUCGCACGUCCAGGCCAUGACCACUGACCCUGGUACCAUCAUUCCGAGCAAGCCGCCGCCGGAGCUCCAGAACACGAAGUGGUGCACGCUCUGCCGCGAGGGGCAGGAGGAACCUCUCGGGAACGGUGGAAGCCUCCGCGGGCGCACCACUGCAAGACCUGCAAACGGUGCAUAUUCCGCAUGGACCAUCACUGCCCUUGGGUCAACAACUGCGUUGGCUUCUCUAACCAGAAGUUGUUCAUUCUGUUCUUAG